UUAAUAUUUACCUUUUCUUUUUCUGAUGCCAACAGGAUGGGGCCACCUUGAUGCAUUAUGCUGUCCAUACAGCAUCAACUCCUACAAUUAAACUUCUUCUGUUAUAUAAUGUAGAUAUAAAUCUUCAGGACAAUGAUGGUUGGACACCAUUACACCUUGCUGUUCAAGCUAGGAGAACUGAUAUAGUGAAGCUUUUAUUAAUUAGAGGAGCAGAUAAGAUGCUGAAAAGCAAGGAUGGAUUAACCCCACUUGACCUUUGCCUUUACUCUGGUCAAGACACAAGAACGUAUGAACUGAUCAAGCUAUUGAAGCAGCUUCCGAAGCCCUGAUAACCAAGGAUUAUUGAUGUUCCAGCUGCCCUUGAAAGCCAUGGCAAAUACUGUCACCCUCAUUCAGGUUUACUUGAAACUAGAUACCGAUGAGACAACUGGGUACUGAUCAACGUUUACAGAUGAAAAGAAUAUUGAUGGGCUUGCAACAUGUAAUUAUGUAAUUAUGAGAAAUGAUCAAACCAAUAGUUCCCCAUUAUUCUCUAAAACUGCAUACCAUGAAUAAUUUUAUUGUUGCAUUUAAAGCGUAGGCGAGGAAAUGGGCUUUUGUAAGUA